GUUUUGUUCCGGUUUUCCCUAGCGUCUGUGCAAGACUGUGCGUAAGCGGUGGCCCUUUUCUCAACGACGUGAAUCAGUUUUGCCUCGCAGACUCGACUGAAAGUAAAGUUUCCGAGGAUCAACGGCGUUAUCCCGGGCCCUUAAAUCUCACGGGCAGUCCGGGCAACAUACAACAUUCACCAUGUGCGAGAGAGGUGAUGCUGCGCCAGCCUUUGUCAAGCUGGUCAUCAGGACCGAAGGGAGCCAACUCUUCUCGGAGCGCAAGUUUCCUGUCACCAACACAAUUCGGGAGCUCAAACAGAAGCUGGAACUCCUCACAGGUGCAUCUGCCAGCUCCAUGAGGCUGGAGCUGCGUGACUCGGGAGAUGCAAACGUCAUCAAGACCCUGACAGACGAUGAUGAUGCAUGUCUCAGUGCGUACCCCAUCUGCGACGGCCUCAUACUGCACGUUUCCGAUCCGCUUAUGAACAACGACGAAUUUAAGGACCUCUCAAAUGUACCUAAGGUGCAGCUUUCCGAAGAGGCCUACAAUCGACUCAACAACACGGCACGAGCGUUCCUGCAGAAGAACGGGCUCGGCCGUUACAACGAGGAUGCACAGGAAAGGGCCCGCAAGUUGGAAGAAGAGAAAGCGCGCAAACAGAAGGAAAUAAUUAAGGUCAUUCACGUUGGGAAUCGUUGCGAAGUGGUUGGCAUCGCUGGCCAGCCAAGGCGGCGUGGGACUGUCGCCUACGUCGGCGAGGUCGACUUCAAGCCGGGCGUCUGGGUCGGCGUCCGGUAUGACCUUCCGUUGGGCAAGAACGACGGCAGCGUCGCGGGGAAGCGGUACUUCGAGUGCCCCCCCAAGUACGGCGGUUUCGUGCGCCCCGCCGACCUGGUACUCGGAAACUUCCUGCCCGAGGGCGACUGCACCGAUGGCGGCGACAUAGACCUCGACGAAGAACUGUAGUGGAAAGCACCGCGUAGUUUGCACGCGCGCUUUUCGCUUGUAGUCCGUUUUUACACUACUUUGUAAAUUUUUGUUUUUUCUAAGGGGUUUUUCAUUUUUGCUCACUCAUAGCGCAUGGUAUGCGUCGGGUUUGAGGAGGGCAAGAAACUCGCGAGGGGGAAUAACCACCGAGACACACGAAAGUGCGUUCUGUUUAGAGCAAGGCAUGACUGUUGUAAAAGAGACGGGAGAGGUGACCUUGGCCAGUCCGUUUCAAACAAAGUGAAUCUUGGAUGAUAUGUCAAUUUUUGAAAAGAUAAAAUGCUCAUCGAACUAGGUGACCAGUGAGUUGUGCGAAAGUUUGCGCUUUCAGAACCAGCGGCUGUUACAAAAUACGGAGUUUUAGGGAAGCUGGUAGGCCCUUGAGCACAGUGUUGUAGGAAUGAAGAUGUUCCCUUUUAUGAAUUGUUAAUAAUAUUAAGAUUACUCUAACCGAUUGCGCUAAAAGCAAAAAAAAAAGAAAAAGUAACUCUUGAGAAGCAUGGCAUUGCACUGUUGCGGAAGAGUUGAAUCGCAGACUGUUCUACUGAACCUGUUGUCAAACGUGCCGCAGUUUUCACAGUUAACAGCACAGGUGAUUGAUAAACUUUUCUGCAGCAUAAACUAGGGAGAGAAAGUAAUUCACUUUUAACCCGAGUGUCUAUUUUGCGUAAGUUCAACAUUUGUGUAUUUAAUUAGAAAGAGGUAUACCAAUAUGGCUCCUAAUGCAGUUGUCGAUUAGUUAAAGGCUAUUCUGUAGGCUUUAAUGUAAGACUUUGGAGGAAGGGUUAAUGGGGGCCAACUCAGAUUUUCCUAUUCAAAUGCUAAGGGUGAAAUGCACAAAUGCCCAAACCGAUAUGAAUGAAAUUUUCACACUUGAGAAAGCUUAUAUUCUGCUGAAGUUUGAAUCAGAAUUGUGAUUUAGAACCUCCGAUUUUCUUAAGGAGACUGCAGAAAAUUUGUAAAUUUCAACAAAAUUGAGGCACGAAGCUUACAACUCUGUCUGCAACAGAAAUAUAAAAAAGCUUUCUCUUAAGCUGCUAUGAGCACUUGAAUACCAAUGAAGUGCGACAGAGUACCUGUGGAAUAAAAUGUGGUAGUACAGUCGUACUUUGAUAUAAAGAGUGUAGAUAUAAUUAAUUUUAAAAUAUAACAAAGUAAAUCUAAAAUUUGGUUAGCCGUGCUUUAUUUUGGCUAAUAUUUUACUUCUAUAAUAAAACCGAGAAAGUGGGAUAUGAGAUAGCAUUUUUUACAACAAAGCAGAUAUUCGUUCACUCAGCAGCUCAACGUAUAUGUUUUGCUGACGAGGAUGUCAAACAUAGUUGGCAAGAGCGACUUGAAACGGUACGUUCCGGACACGAGUGCAUGUUUUGACCAUGGUUUGGCUUGGCCGGCCCAAUGCUGGCCAAGCCAACGUUCCAAUCCUGUGUGACCACACGGAUAGCCUGGCAGUGUAAAGCAAGUUUCCAAUUUAGUUUUGUUCUCAUGAUUUGUAUCUGCACGGCAAGCCACCAAAGUCUGUCUAAAUUGAAAGGAGACCCUUCGAUGGCCCGUCAGAGCUUGGCCCGUGCUUGGCAUUCUUUCGCACAGACCUAAUGGCAAUUUUUUUUACGCUGACACCAAUGGGUGCGCUUGUAACGAAUGGUGGAUAUAACGAAAUAUUAUUGCGUCACAUGCGACUUUGUGAUGAGGCUCGACUGUAAACGUUGUGCUCUGCUGUAGCAGGCUGUCCUUUCAAGAGUGCUGAACCCCAAAAGUGAUCGACAGUACUCGAAACAGCCCACUCGAAUGGACACUUUUUAUUGAGUGGCGCAGUCAAUGACAACCGGGAAUCGUUUAGCCGCUGUAAUUGUCACUACACUUGCACUCGUUAAGUUUUCAUUUUUGAACACAUCUUAGUUUUGUUACUGGACUUUUGUAAAUUUACGCUUUUUUUUUUUACCUUUUCCAAUGCAGAUUGCUCAUUGUUAUGUGCACCUCUUGUAAGAACUUGUCGUCGUACGUUGCACCUGCUUCGAUUUGUGUUGUAAAAACGCUCGAUUUACCGUAGGGUUUCAUACAAAUGGUGCUACAAGUGCAGUAGCCUGGCGCUGCGGUUGCUCCGACGAAUGCAGCGAUGAUGGAAGGUAUGCAUAUUUUCAUCAGAGUUUCGUACAAUUAACUAGAGGGAACUGUGGCGCAAGUGUCGACAGAAGCUGCAAGCAGGGCAGUUCGGCCAGCAUGGGAAUAAUGGUUAGUACAUGAGUUAGCCAAAAACUUUGUUUUUCCAGCUUUAUAAAUGGCUUCACAGCUUUUUAAACUGAUCAUUUUCAAGAAAUACUGCGUUAUAUAUAAUUAAGGAAACAUUAUUAAAAUUGUUUGACGGCAGGAUUCGAACGCGCCCUGCGUUCGAAUCCUGCCGUCAAACAAUUUUUGCACGGAAGUCCGAUAUUUGCACGGAAGUCCGCUCUAGCACGGAAGUCCGAUAUUGAGACCAUUGCGCCACGGACGCAUGGACAAGCGGAGCUGCUGCACUUAGCAGCUGUUAUGCGUUUUUGCAGUCUUAUUGCCUUCUGUAUUAAAAAAAAGUAUAGAUAGCUUCGAAAUUUAGGCCAGUGAAGGCAGAUAAAGCAUAAUAGACAAAGCCGUAAGAACGUUUGAAGUCACAAGACAAAUCCAUGUUCCAUCAUUCCCCUGGUGGCUGAACGAUCACUGUGCCAGAGUUCCCUCUAGUCAUCAUUGUAGGAAACUCUAUUUUUAAUGACUUGGCUGGAAAUGUUCUGGUUAGGUUAGGCAAUGCGAGGUUAGGCAGCGGGUGGGUAGUGGUUUCCACAUGUGGCAUUGCUAGCAGUUGACCACAGUGAGGUUAGAGGGAGAAGUGAAUGAGACAAAGGAGGGAAUGAAAAGGGGGGAGUGCAUGGGGGGGGGGGGCUGUACACGGCUGCUGCCAUUUAAUUUCAUUAAUACUGUCAGCCCAAAAAUGAGCUCUAUUACAGGCGCAGAGCUAUAGUAAAAGAUGAACUCCGAGACAGUGUUCAAGUAGUGUUCAGGAAAUGGAAGUACGAAAUAAUCUUAGCGACUAUCAAUUAAACGCUUCUAAAAUAGUUUAUCGGGUGAGGAAAAUACUCUGAUAAAAAAAAAAGCAUGCUGCGGAAGAUAUUUGAGCGUUGUUAAUAAAGUAAACGUGAAAGGUGAGAUUUUCACAGCUACGAAAGUCUGUCGUGGCCGACGCCUGUUUUCUGCAUUGGGGCUGACAUUGUAAAGGACCACGUAAUUUUUUUUUUUUUUUUUCACAAUCUCCAUACAGAGGCUUCUUCUUCUUUGUGGGGUUUUACGUGCCAAAACCAGUUCUGAUUAUGAGGCACGCCGUAGUGGAGGGCUCCGGAUUAAUUUUGACCACCUCGAUACAGAGGCAAGCACUUCUAAGUGCAAUGCAAACGUUAAGUAAAACAAAUUGAGAGCAUAGAGGUGCUCUCUUGCAGGGAUCAGCUGAAUUUCAGGGUAACAAGUACACAUUUCAAGCCAACUGUGUGAAAAGCUGCAUGCUUCUGAUCAUUCCUGUGAUGGUUGAACAUAGUCUGGCAGUUUCAGAAAACAGUUGGUCAUGGAGAUUUCAUCUGUGUAGUCAUUGUAUGAAGCUCUAUGGUAUAUAUUACAUAUGUUCGCACAGUGCCAUUUGACUAUUUGGUGAUGCACAAUUGUGCUGGAUCUUCGACAGAUUGUAUAACUGGUUGGCUAAGCGUGGGAAAUAAACAUUGCUACUCAAGUGUCCCACGCUCACAAAAUAACUCUGCUGGCGGGGUUAAAUUAAGACAGGGUCGGUGACAAAAAGUAGCGCGCGAUUUCUGCCCUGUGUAAUGGUUUCCGCAUCAUUGUCUUCUAAGUUAUUUCAACAUUCCCACGAAGAACAUGUUUUUUAACUGGUUCGGCAAAUGCUGUUGCUAGGACUGGUUGGAGAAUUGCAAAGUUUGAAUCCCGACGUCCAAAGAAACUUGCGGUGCCUUUGGGCAGGCAGUGGUGAGAAGGAAGUGAAUAAAAAAUUUGAUAAGGAACACAAAACCUACA